UCUCUCCACUAUUCCGCUCGGAGAACGACACAGAGUGAGACGCAGAGCCGCUCGUGUUCACCUGGAUUACGCGGAGAAGGAAGCACGUCGAGUUGGACUCCGCAGAUGAGCGCGACAGCCCCGGGAGGGCAAGUGUGUGUGUGAAUGUGUGUGCGUGUGUUUCGCAGCAGGCUCCGUUCAGCGAAAGAUGAACAAAAACCACCGAGUGCCGAGCAGCCGAUCUCUGAGCGCCGUGGAGGUGAAGAGCAAGUUCGGAGCGGAGUUCCGACGCUUCUCUCUAGACCGUUCCAAACCAGGCCGCUUCGAUGAGUUCUAUGGCCUUCUCCAGCACGUGCACCGUAUCCCCAACGUGGAGCUGCUGGUGGGCUACGCCGACAUCCAUGGAGACCUGUUGCCAAUCAACAAUGACGACAACUACCACAAGGCGAUCACCACAGCGACGCCCUUGCUCCGCUUAUUCCUGCAGAGGAAAGAGGAGGCGGACUACUCGACAUUUGGCACCAACUCUUUGACACGCAAGAAACCUCCCCUUGCUGCAGUGCUCCUGCGCCCUGAUGCAGGCAGGAAGAAGCCAGCUGUAGUCAUCAGCCUUCCCCGAGACUUCCGUCCUGUCUCAUCCAUUAUCGAUGUAGACGUGCUGCCUGAGACACACCGGCGUGUGCGCCUUUACAAAUACGGCCAGGAAAAGCCGCUAGGCUUCUACAUCCGAGACGGCUCAAGCGUCCGAGUCACUCCUCACGGCCUGGAGAAAGCACCGGGUAUCUUUAUCUCACGCCUGGUGCCCGGAGGCCUUGCUGAAAGCACAGGCCUGCUCGCCGUCAACGACGAGGUCCUCGAGGUCAACGGUAUUGAGGUGGCCGGGAAAUCGCUCGACCAGGUCACGGACAUGAUGAUCGCGAACAGCCACAACCUUAUCAUUACAGUGAAGCCGGCCAACCAGCGCAACAAUGUGGUGCGCCACAACAAUGGUGGAGGUGCGUCGGGCAGCUCGGGUCGAUCCUCAGAUAGCGGCGCCAGCUACUACAGCUACCCCGCGCCUGACGCUAUGGCGACAACCCCUGCACACAUCAUCCAGAACUUCCAUCCUGAGGAAGUAGACAGCGAUGAGGAUGAUGAAGACUUGGUGAUUGAGGCAAGUAGAGAUAGUAGGCUCAUGCCGGGGUCAGGGAUGGAGGCUAGCUCCAGCAUGUCCACCCUGCCUAGGUAUAAGCCUCAUUUUGAUCUUCGAAAUUCCAACGGGACCUUUCAGCCUUCCGUUAUGAACAGCAGCAGCAACGCAGGGACACUGAGGGGCCCUGAUCGAGGUGUGCAGACGCAGAGCUUGGAAGAGGACGGCACAGUUAUUACACUCUAGAAACAGUCAAACGUCAACGACAGACACACACACAUGGCGGAGCUUUAAACUGAAUAUACUGAAUAUACUGAAUAUAAGCGGUAUAUACAAAAAAAAAAACGUCCUUACCAUAUUCACACACGUUAUUUACAAAUACAACUUACACUUUACUGACGCACACAACACACUCACGUGCCAUAAGACUAACGAUGAGAUUUUACUCUGUGAGAUUACUGAAUCCACUUUUGAAUCAAAUUUUUUAUUCUUUUUGGAAAGGUGCUUCGGAAAAUCCACAAAACAGCACUCGUCUUUAAAGCACAGAUCUUUUUUUCCUGCUGGAGGAACCGCUACAGACUUCCCUCCAUAAUCUUUGGCACAAUAACAUUUAAUGGAUUUGACUUGAGUGUGAACUUGAGGAUAAUUGCACAUGUAUGCAGGUUUUUCCUGCCUGUGGAACUACAAAGAUAGACCUCUUUGUGACAAUUUCGGUGACGACAAUCUCUUUUAAUGCCCUCUGUCGAGUCAGGUGACUCUGGGAUCCAAACAAACAAAUUUCAGUGACUUUUGCGUUUCAAAAAUAGCACAGUAAUUGAGCUAUGGCUACACUGUUAUUCUACGCGAGGCAUAUGGAAGCCUGUGUGAUAUUAAGUUUUUUUUUUGUUUUGUUUAGUUUUUUCCCCCGAAUGUCGACUAAAUUUAGGAUGCUUUUAAACUUUUCUUUGUUCAAAUUAGUUUUUACCUACACUGGUUGGGAGAUUUAUUAGGCUUGUAAUGGGCCUCUGCUAAUGCUUUUAAUCAUUGCCAAGGACCCAAAAAUCAUAUUUUUGUAGCAGAUAUUUAAAAAUUUUUUUUUACUUUUUAUGAUUAUGACAAGGGCUGUCUCCCCGCUCUGUUGCAUCUAAUUUAUGUGAUGUUUUUCUUUUAAUGAUGGCACUAAUUGUCAAUCUUUAUCGCAAAUCAACUAUUUUGUCUUAGCACUCUGAAGUGAAAUAAUUCAUGUGUGAGGAGUGUGUUGAAACCCAUUCGAAUAAUACACAGUGAGUGUGGAAUAUUAGAUAGAAAACGGUUUUAAUCCAUCACAACCAAAUAGUGGUACAGAGCUACAGGCUGCAGAAGGAGCACUUUUGUAAAAACCUGCUCCCAGGUGACUUGCUGUGGCUGGUCAGAGAAUGAAUUCGUAACUGAACUCUGACCCGCAGUACAUCACCGUUGAGCCUUUCUCUAGUUAUAACUGUAGCAGCAGAUAUAUGAACGCUGAUAGAGGUUUGUACGCCUGUGUGACGUGAGCACUGGCUGCAUUAUUCUUAUCUAAUAAAGAUAUCCUCCACUAAGGUACAUUCUGUCACAAAAAAAAAAAACACACACCUGUACUUGUUUUCCAUUGCUCACUUACUUUUUUAAAUGUUGCACUGCUUGGUGCUAAGGUAAGAAUUUCCUUACAUCAUAUGGUGAACAAUAUUGAUCACGUAUGUUUCCUUUCCUUUAAUGCUUCUGAAAUUGGCUUAUGUAUAAACAUUUACACACUCGGGAAACAGUUACCUACUACCUGAAUACUUUGCUUCAAGUUAACUUUAUUAUUGCUGAUACAUUUGCGUUAAAUCUGUAUGGACAGCCCAUUUGUAAGUUCAAAGGCAAUAUAAAAAAAAGUUAGAUUUUAUAUUUAAAGGAUGUACUGAAUAUACAUCUUGAAUGUGAUUGAUAUUUUGAUAGACUGCUGUGCCUCAUAUAUUCUUAACCAGUGUUCUUAGAUCAUUCUCCAUAGUGUAGAACACCUAGCUUUAUCUUCCCGUAUUGUACUCGAAAUGAGAAUUAAAAACACUGGAUGACUGUGAGCAGAACACAUUCCUGUCCAGUUUCUUCCCCUCGUACAUAGACGCUUUAAUAAACUCAAUAUUUUAAAAAGGAUUUUUAAUAGUACAGUAGAUAUACUGUAGUAUGACCAGAUUGUCCCUUUAACCUAUAAUUCCUAUCUGAUCUUCAUUAAGACCGGAUCAAAUUGCAUUAUAGGAAGCCUAAUUAAUUUAUUUUGCUAACCACUUUACUACACUUGGGAUUGUAACCAGAUGUAUUUAUUUUCUAAUCAUCUCUCUUUCUCUUUUUUUUUUCUUUUGCUUUUGCUUCAUAGAUGAUCAUGUUUUGGGGCCACGUUUAUUUUUUUUAAGUAGGCUUAAAUUUUUUAUAGAGCAUAAGUUAUAGAUAACAUUCUGUUUUCCAUACUGUGAAUUUAUUUCAUUUCAUUUCUGGAGGAGAGCUGAAUGAAUCAAAGACCAUGUACUAAUGGACUUUUGUUUUGUGUGUGUCAACUCUUUUCGUUUCUUUUUGAUAAUGAGCAAUGAUUAUUUUGCUUCUUAGAGAAAUCCUAUGGUAUAGAUUUGUACUUAAAGGACCAGUAUUUUCAUAUUGCUAUAUACUGUAAGUUUGUAUCACAUUAAUUAAACUGUUUAAAAUGAUAAAUCCUAUAUUAAGACUUAGAUGCACAUGUAUACAUUAGUCUAUAAGCUGGAUGAAAUAAACUAAUGUU